AAAUGGAGAGCACAAAAAUUACAAAUUGAAGCUCUUAAACCUACUCAAGAUUUAAGUCUUAAAAAAGCCAGAGUACUUAGUAGUCAUGGCCAUAAACCUAAAUAUCUAGUUUUAGAACAAGAACUAGUGAAAUAUAUUAAAGAAAAACGAGAUGAGGGACUUUCUAUUACAAUAUCUAUAAUUGUAACUAAGGCAAGAGAAUUAGCCAAAACAUUAGAACUUGGCUUUGCUGCUUCUGGGUACAAGCUCCCACCUAUGGUAAUAUUUAAAUUACAAAAAGUACCUAAAAGACAAUUUCCAAGGAAUGUUGUUGUAGCUGCUGCACCUAAUGGAACUAUGCACAAAAAUUUAAUGCUUUCAACAUAUAUUUCAAAAGUUAUUAGAGCAAGGCCUGAGAGUUUUUUUAAAAAUAAAGAUAUUCUAUUUGUUGAUUGUCAUACAAGUUACACACAUGAUGAAGUAAUCAAGGCAUUAAAUGCCGAAGGCUUGGAAGUAAUUAAAAUUCCUGGUGGAACAACUAGAGAAAGAGAAUUUACAAAAAGUGGAAAUCGCAAAAAAGCAUCUUAUGAAUUAGUUUGCAAUCAAGAACUUUUAAUAAAAUCUUUUGAAGCAUCUGGUCUUACAUUAAAUCCUGAUGGAAGUGAAGAUACCAAAAUGUCAAAUCAGCUUCAGGCAAUUGUUGAGAAUCGUUUGGAUGAUGUAACUAUAGAAGAAUUAGAUGAUGAGGGUCCAACAGCGAAUGAAUUUGAUUGUGAAGAUAGUUAUGAUGAUUAUGAUGAAUCGGAUGAAGAAAUUAGUAAUGAAGAAAUUAGCAAUGAUGAAUUUGAUGCAAGAAUUAGCAAUGAUGAAUAUGAAAGAAUUAGCGAUAAUGAAUUUGAUAACAAAAUUAAUGACGAAUUUAGCAUUGAAUAUAUUACUUACAAUAAAUUUGAUGAUAAAGAAUCAUGUAUAGAUUAA